UGAGUCAUCAUCACAACCACAAGUUGAAGACCAGUCUGGACAUAGCAACCUCAUAAACAAAAAUACACAUGGAAACACUGAGACAACAGAUAGGCAUAUGGAUACAGUUGUGUUUAGUUUCAGGGACUACAUACUUGGGGCUGAGAACCCUGAGACAGAGAGUGAAAUAAAAACUGGGAGCCAGGAUAAAUAUCCACAAACUAAAAAAGAAGAAACAAUAAAAGAAGAGCAGCGGAAGCAAACAAGUCCAACUAUUGAUUUUGACACACCAGCAGUGACUGAGAAUUCUGUAUUUAGUAAGCAGGGACAUAAUUUAAGUGCUGAUUUUAAUGUAGUUUCUGAAGAAAUUAGCUCAAUAGAUUGUAAUAGACCGGCAAUGGAGGAAGACACAGCUGCAAAAGUAGAACGUACAGACUUAAAAAUGUGCAACAUCAAUCCCAGUGAGAUUGAUCGAAAGACAAACAAUUCUAUUCAAGAAGUAUGUGAGUAUAGUGAACCUUAUUUUCAAGAUAAAGCUGCAGUUGAGGAAAUGCGUUUAGAACAACAAGCAGGUUUAAAUACUUAUGCUGAGGACGACAUACAAACAUCUUCUGUAAGAAGCGCACAGGGUGAGCCUGUGGACAAUAAAAAGGCAAAAAAGAGAGACAAAAAGAAGCACAAGAAAAAGAAAAAAGCAGAGAAGAACAACGAAACUGAAGCGGAGACCAGGACGGCCAGACAAGCUGAAAAUGAAUUACAGGCCUUCCAUCUUAUAAAUACAGGGAAUCUCAGUGCGCAUUCAGUGACAGACACAGACACUAUGACGUGUGGAGCACAGCCUAAUGAUGACUUUUGGUGCAAGGAAAAACCAAACACCUCCCAAUCAUCUUCUCCUAACCAGCAGGACUUAACUUGUUCAUCCCUAUUUAACCAUGUUCCCACACACUUGAAUACGUUCGAUAACCAAAGUAUAACAGAUGCUCAAUGUGGCAAAAAUAACAGCAUGCAAAAUAUACAAAAUCUAACACAUGUUCAAACUACAGCUGAUGUUUCAGAUAAUGAAUUAGAUACACAAGCACAUGAGAAUAAUGUUACCACUAAAGCACAGAUACACAGACUGGACAGCUCGUUUUCCAGUAUCCGAGUUUGUGUGGGAGAGAGUUUCGCUGAGAGGACCAUUGAAGAUGCUUUAGUGGAGGCAGCUGCGUUGCCACUAACAACACCCACGAUGCGAGAAGUGAUAAAAAGUGAGGGAGAAACCGUGAGCUAUGAAUCAUUAGAGGGAGUAGCUACUGAGCCCAUUGCAACCAUCGGAAAAGGAGAGAGAGAUCCAGAAGGGAACGGAGAGAGAAAAAGGUUCCUGGAUAGUACCUCUCAGCGCUCUGCUGUCUGUGGCUCAUUUGGCCUCUCAAACAAAGACACACAGGCUGUGAGUGAAGAAAGCAAAAUGCCACACACUUCUGCUGAGAGUUGUGCUAAAGGACGGAGAGAGACGAGCAAUGCAGAAGCAGAUAUCUCUCCAGCGGAAGAGGGCGACAAAGAAAAGGAGACACUCUGGAUGGAAAGCAAUUUUGAUUAUUCACCCCAUGGGAUAUUUGCUGGUGCUGAUCAUCUGAAUGAUAGUGCUGCAGGCGUGGAGGGAGGAGUGGCAGAGUGCAGUUUAUUCAGCCCUCCGGAGGGGGCUGCUAGAGGGGCGUCGGCCGCUGAGACAGAGAUGCGUCCUCCCACCGAUGUUGCCGAGUCAUGUCUGAAGUCACUGUGCAGGGGCGAAACGGUCAUUUCUGCCACAGAGAGCCUGUGCACUGAGGAGGAGCUUACUGCAGCAUUUUCACUUUUAUCACCUCGCAGGGAACAAAGCAAUAAAGCAAGCGGAGAAAGCGUCCAACACAAUCUGAAUACAGAGGAGCCACUUACUUUGGGAUUCUCUCGUGAAGAGUCAGCCACCACUGAGACUUCACUUACUUCAGAAAGCAACAAUCAACAGGUGCAUCCUGAAACAACUGAGAAAGCAAGCAAGACUCAAGAAGAGGCUCAGAACCAAACCAACAGUGUGGUUCAGAGUGAGGGUAAGUCUGCAUGUGAUAAAAGUGAAGGAAGGAAUAGAGUUCGCUUUGCAGACGACGUGAAAGAAGAUCAAAGUGCCACUGUAGAGGUGAGAAACAUGUCAAUGCCAGUACUGGGAUGUGCUUCGUUGCCUCCAUUGAUAGUACAUGAAAGUUUGCAUCAUCCUGUUGCUGAGGCCAGCUACAUUUUCCAAGACUACUUCAGCUUAAAGAAGCCAGAAAUCUGCACUGAGGCAACAUCUACCAAGAAUGAUGCACCUAAUCAUAGCUCAGGAGAUACACCAAAGCCGGAGAAGACUAUUAUUGACUUAGAUGUAGAAGAUAGCACCAAGAAUGCUGAAAUGCAUCCAACAAGUGAAAACAGCUUAAAAUCCCCUCAAAGACUAACUGGAAACAAUCUUACUAAUACAGAACAUGGUGGCCUUCAUGAAAAAACCAUAGUGCUAACAGAACCAGCAAAAAACACAGAGGAGCCCAUAGAAGUCGCCAAGAAUGAAGUAGAAUUUGAUGAACCAUCUAAGGAGUCCUCUGGACAAAGUAAGACGACAACAGAGCACCUAGAACCAGAGAUGUUGAUUGGUGACCAUCAAGAACCAGACAAUUUAACCAAGUCAAUUGUUGAGCACCCAAACAAAAAUCCUGAUCAGGUGUCAACAAAACAGGAGGAGGUGAGGGAAAAGUGUGAGCUUAAUAUGGACAGCAUAGAACCACACAAACUUGAUAUGCCUGAGGAGAUAAAAAGUGACGGGUGUAUGGUCGAUGAAAUAGAAUGUUCAAGUUGUGUGCCUGCAGCCAGCAAUGUUUCCUGUAAGCCUAUAGAUUAUGUAUUUACUGAGUCACCUGACAUACAGCUCUCAACCGAGACGGAUGGCAAUUCAAAUGCUGAAACUGGGGUGUUGAGCUGUUCAGUCCCUCCUCAGACAAAGCCCAGGGAUCUCAGCUGUCAGCCUCCACCCGAGAUUGAUAAACUACCCACUCAUGCACUAUCUAGCAUAGAUCCAAUUGAAUCUAGGAUAGACCGAAAGUCUGAGGCACCUGUUCAACUAAUAAGGGAUGAGUCAGAAAUAUCAGAGGUGGCAGCCCCUGAGCAGUCAAUUCCUGUUAGUAAGCAAUGUGCCAGUAAUCCUCUGUUGAUGCUGCAGCCGACCGGCCCAAUGUUGAGUCACUUGGAGGUGGUCGAUGGAUGUGAUGUUACGCUUCCUGACUGUGACGAUAGCUUGGUCAAUAAGACAUAUACCGGUAUGUAUUCGGCAAAGGAUAAGGAACACAGAGAAAAUAAUGGUGGAGCAGAAAAAAACGGUUUGACACAGGCGAAUAGAAAGGAUGCUGUUGAGUUUAUCACCUCUUUGACAGCUGAUGAUAAAAUUACAAUUUUACAAGAGGAAAAACAACCUCCUGGAGCUGAAUGUGUACUGGCAAAUGAUGUAAUGAUCCAAGAUAAAGUAGACCGCACCCUCAUCUCUAACAAGCCUUGUAAUACAAUUGAACUGUGCGGUAUCAAAGAGAAACAGAACAUGGCUAACCAAACUUCUGUGUCACUCUGUGAGAAAGAUCAGCAGCAUGAUAAUGGAAAGAAAAAAGAAGAGAGCGGCAAACUGCAGACCGGCAAUGCGAUGACAAAACAGAGUAAAGCGUCAAAUAAAGAUGCUGAACAGGAAACAGGAAAGUGUGAACUUGGUGAUAUUUCCAACCAGACUUUAACAGAAGAAAAGGAGCGUAAGGACAACAACGACACAUCAAUGGGUUCCUUUUCAAACAUUGAAAUUAGCAAUUUGGCUAAAAAAGAGAAGCAACAGGAGCAAAGUUUGGGAUCCAAGUAUUCAACGGAUGGAAUGACAGGUAGUGGUGUGGACACAUUUGAAGAGGAAGGAAAGGCAAAUAGCCAAAGUAAACCGAUUCAAGCGCCUGCUUUUGUAAUUCCAGAGCUUGUAAAAGGAAACAAAGGGUCUUUUGAGACAACGGAAGGGCAAUAUUUGUUAAGUGGUGACAACAAUACCACUCAGGAAGUGGUAGCUCUGGCAAAAGUUGAGAAGAAGGAAGCACAGGUAAUUCUAGGUGUUGACAAGAUUGAUGAUUCUGGAGGCACUACUGGACAAAAUAGUUUAGAGCAAACAGAAACACCCUUACAGCAAGAGGUGAGUAAUAAUAAAAACUCUGGUUUGGGAAUACAGGGGGCAGGACCAGAUUUAAUGCAUGACAAUGAAUUGCUGAAUUGUGUGGAUAGUGAAGGUCAGCCAGAAAGCAACCAAUCAGAUUCUUCUGCGGACCUACAGGAAAACCAUUUGGCCUUUAUAGAAAGCACUCUUUCUGUUGAUUCUUUAUCAGAGGAUUGUGCCAUUUUACCUUUAGGUUUUUCUGUUUUGACUAAAGUUGUGACUAAUAGUGAUGGUAUUUAUACCGACUCAUGUCUAAGUGCCAACCAGGAUGACAAGAUGCUUGACAAAAUAUGCAGUGCAGUAGAAAAGCAUCACAGUGCUGCUCAGGCUGUGAAAACCCACAAGAGUGAAACUGAAGGGUGUAAAAUACCGGAUACAGUAUGUGAGUCUCUUGAGCCGCAAUGCUCCAAUAAAAGCUCAGCCACACAAAAUGGUCCAGUAGCACAAAAGGCCAUAAACGGACCUCAUGUAGAUGAGACUGCAAGAGGAAACAAUGCAGCUUUAGAUGAAGAAAAUGAUGGUUUCCAGGCAGUGGGCAGUAGGGAGAUAAAAGUAAUAGACAAUAAAGCAAUCGACAAAGAUGAGGUUAUGAAAGACAAAGACCCAGGAUCAAUUGAUGUUUCAGAACAGUCUGAAAACAUCACCGAAAAUGCGUCUUGCCACUCUAAUAGCAACAUUGCUCUUUUGAAAAAUAUGGAAAAUGACACAAUUAUCCAGCCACAACCCACCAAAGCCACAGAUACACCCAGCCAAGAAGAUGUUACAUCGGUCUCUCAGGCAGACUUUUCCCAUUCUGACAAACUUCAUGAUCACAUCUCCCUGCCAAAUCCACCAACUGAGGUGAUACAAACCCCAGCCUGCAAGUCUGGGUCUUUACAUGUGUCAGAGAACUCUCCUUUUGGACUCACGGCACAAGAACCAGAUACAAACUGGAUACACGCUCUAAGAGAAGCUGCUUCUGACCCUCAGACUGAACAAGAGAGAACAUACAUAAGACCCCUCCCUUCUCUGGAGUCUCCUCAACAGGAGUUUGUCACUCCGACUGAGGAGGUAGCUGCUCCUCUGGGACCAGAGCUGAUCACUCAGGAAAAUACAGCCAUCAACACGCUACAUCCUGACGUAGAUCUUGCAGAACCUCAUAAACUUCACGAGCAGACACAGGAGCCGAGAGAAAUAAAAGAGGAGCCCCCUGAAGAGCAUCCAGUGCCAGAAAGUAGCCCAGAAAUUGCUGUGCAUCAAGCCGAGCCUGAAGAACCAGCAAAAAUCAAAGAUGAGGUCAUACAGCUCUCUGAAUCAACAGCGAAGGAGCUAUCUGAUGAAAUUGAGAGGACAACUGAGCAUCUAGAAUCAGAGAAGACAAACGCUGAGCAUCCAGAGGAUAAACCUGAAAAAAACCCAACUGCAGAAACCCCAGAAACAGCCCAAGAUCCUAGUGAGGUGCUACAGGAAAGUGGACAUCACCCCCAGCCUGUUCCUCUUCCUGACCUCUCCACUCUUACUUCUGCAACCCCCGAGAAGACACCGCCUGCAUCUCCGCGCCUUCCUCUUUCUGCUCACUCUAUUGCCCAGAGUGAGGAUCCCUGCCCACCCUCUGCACCUCCUUGCCGCCUUCUUCUAAGGAGUUCUGACUCUGAUGGAGCAUUCGAGACUCCUGAAUCCACAACUCCAGUAAAGGCUCCCGCAGAUCUACAGAGCCAAUUACCAACUACUGAUGACAAAGUCGAAGACAACUUAGUGAAGGAUUCUUCAUCUGGCUUGACUUCUGAUCUGCUCUGCCAUUCCACAUCUACUGUUUUCGACGAGGACAGGCCAAUUGCUGCCAGCGGCGCAUACAACGUUGAACUUCUUGCCUCAGAGUCAACAAGUCAACUUCUGACGCGUUCCCUCAGCCUCCAGGGAGGAGAACUUGACACAUCUGGCUUGUCGGAUGGAUCCGUAACAAAGGGCUUCCGUCCACAUUCGGAAUCCUUCAGCGUCGGCACAGAGAGUGCCCCGGGGACACUUCGCAGACCCAAAAAAGCCCGUCCUGGAUCUGUGAAAAAGAAACCUCUCCUGAGACAGAACUCUAACCCGGAGAGGCCAAGUUCUACUAGUAGCACUCCAGAGCUUAUUAAGCGAGUGAAGCCACAAACUGUUACUCAGGAGUUAGAAGAAGGUGACUCUCCUAGCACAAGUCCUACAGGAACCCUCAGGAACACUAGAAAGUGCUGUGUGGAAACCCCUCCUCCGCCUGUACCAGAAGAAAAUAGUAACACAGAACCAGAGGGAAGCCUUGCAGCUCCUGCCUUACCUUUGUGGCAGGAGGAAAAAAAUCUCCCUUCUAGUCCUCCUCUCAAAGAAGACGUCCCACUCCCUCCCAGUGCCUCCUACAAAUGGGAUCCAGAUAAUUUUGACAGCAUAGACCCUUUCAAGACUGGAGGGAGUAAAAUUGCCAAUUCACCGGUUCUGGGUCGUAAAAGUCCUGCGUCUGCCCUAAUUGCUUCCUUCCCAGAAAUUCCUCCGAUCGCUGCUGUGAGGCAACCUUCUCCUGCAGCUCCAACUGAAGAACCACCUUUCAACCCUGAAGAGCAGCCCAUUGUACCCAAACGUGAGUCAGUGAGGCUGGAGUUUGAUUACGCAGAGGAGAAUAGCGAGGCAUCCCACACAGUUUCUCCUCCACCUAAGAAAGUGGGUAAGAAGCCUGGUGUCAAGAUGCCUCUGAGGAAGCCAAAGUUGGGGUUAAAGAAGGCUCAUCCAGCCCAGAUCGAACAACUGGACAACAACCUAAAACCAGCACAUAAUGGCAACGUGGAGGAAAUCCCUAUUUCCAAAAGUUCUUACAACUUUGAAUCAGAUAAGUGGGAUGACCCAAAUUUUAAUCCGUUUUCAACAAAGACACACAUUUCAAGCUCUCCCAAAGCAACCGAAUCUUCUUUCAGUUUUGACCAUGAUAACUCCACAGACCCUUUUAAAUCCUCCAACAAGAUGGCUUGCUCUCCUCCCAAGGCCUCUGCCUCUUUUGAUUUGUCAUCUAAUGAAGAUGUGGAAAAUGACAACGACAACAUCGGGGAACUAGAAGAUCAAAAUCAGAACAAACCUGCCAAAAAAAAGAAGACUCCAAUCAAAUCUAACACUUUCAGGGUGAAGAGGUCCCCAAAGAAAUCACCGUUGUCUGACCCCUCACAGGAUGCAGAUGACCCCGCCUGUCUCCAGCCACAGGAUGACCACGCAACUGACGAGGAGAAGCUGGCCUCCUCCACUAGUCACAAGUGGGCGGAUUUGAACUCUGAUCAGCAGGAAUUUCCUCAACCAUCUGAUCUGACAUCAUUUGUUGAAAGCAGUCUUCAAUCUGCAGUGCAAGACUAUGAAAUAGAAUACAUGGAGAAGAUUGGCUCGUCUUCUCCGCCACUUUCUGUGAAGAAACCAUCAUUAUACCUACAGUUGGACUCAUUAUCAGACACCUUAAAGGAUGCACAUGAUCCUAACUCCCCCUGCACAGGGAGUUUUGAGGAAAUGGAGGCCAAGAUAACAGCAGCCAUGAAAACCCCCACACUGAGUUCCAGGCCUGGUCCUGAGGGUUCUUCCGGGGAAAAAGGCAGGAAACGGGAAAUCGAAGCACUCAGCCGAACACAAAGCACAGAAAGAGAUGAGCAGCUCAAUAGCCAAGAAGCCCCCGCGGCAAUCCCGGCCAUGCCCCUGUUAGACAGGCUGUCUGAGUGUGACGACCCUGUGCAGUACCUGGAGCCUGACCUCGCUGAGACCAACCCUAAUGCUUUCGCCCAAAAACUGCAGUCCCGCCUUAAGAAACCCAGCACGCGGCGAUGGAACAUCAACGGUUCACCUUUACUCAAACACAGAGAUGUGUCUUCUCCAUCGGAGAGUUCUGUGUCCAAGAAUAUGCUCUAUGCCCGGACUGCCCCCAGCUACGUUGAUGGAGAGAGUCCACAUCUUCCCAAAGAUUUGGACCACUCGCUGGGAAUUGCAAGAGAAGAGGUUGUAACCAAAGAAAGAGAGGUGCUGGAGUGGCAAAGGAAAUAUGAAGACAGCCGACUGGAAGUGGCAGAGAUGAGGAGGAUUGUUGCUGAGUAUGAGAAGACAAUUGCCCAGAUGAUAGAGGAUGACCAGAAAGAAAAGUCUCUCUCGCACCACACCAUUCAACAGCUGAUCGUGGAAAAGGAUCAGGCCUUAGCUGACCUCAACUCUGUGGAAAAGUCUCUGGCCGACCUCUUCCGACGCUACGAGAAGAUGAAAGAUGUGCUUGAGGGCUUCCGCAAGAAUGAAGAGGUUCUGAAGAAAUGUGCUCAGGAGUAUCUAUCAAGGGUCCGUAAAGAGGAACAGCGGUACCAAGCUUUGAAGAUUCAUGCAGAAGAGAAACUAGACAAGGCCAAUGCAGAGAUAGCUCAGGUGAGGGCCAAGUCCAAACAGGAGCAGGCUGCCCACCAGGCCAGUCUGAGGAAGGAGCAGAUGAAGGUGGACUCUUUAGAGCGCACUUUGGAGCAGAAGAACAAAGAGAUUGAGGAGCUAACAAAGAUCUGCGACGAGCUGAUUGCCAAGAUGGGAAAAUGUUAGCAGCCAUUAUUCUGGUUCAAGACUUUGUUCAUACAAACACAAAAAGGUGUUCAUGUGCUUGGAAAAUGAACAGGAAUAUUAAUUUGUUACCACUUCUCCAAGAACUCUUAAAGCCACACUGGGCUUGAAUUUUCUACUGACCUUGUGGAAACAGGAUCUUCUAAAUCAUGCUGUAUAUUUUUGAUGUGUCACUGUAUUGUACAGUAUCAGUGGUGUGGUUUAACGUUUUAGGAACUGCACCAUGUCAUUAAAUGUGUAUGUAUGUGUGUGAGUGAGAGAGCGUGUGACGAUGAUAAUUGUGCGUGGGUUUAAUGUUGUUUAUGAUGUUGCCAUGACAGCCACUGAGGGAGAAGACUGUUUACCUACUUCUUGUGAUGCCUUCUCCUUGUAACUGUAAGAGAAAAAGAGCAUCAGAUACUUUUUGAGUGACGCAGCACUAAGAGAAUAAAAAGAAUAUCAGUUUAGCUUAUUGCAUGCGAGAGAGAAAGACAACGUUGUGUGUUUUGUAUACAAUGUAGAAAACUCUACAUUUGGAGAAGACUCAUUCUCAUAGUUAUGUCUCCACUGUGUAAAACACAGAUUACUAUUAAUUUGUCACAGUUAUUAUUAUUGUCAACAGCUAGUGUGUUUCCCUCAUCUAACUUUGUAGAUACUUGUCAUACUUUGUCAUAGCUGUUUUGAUCAGAUCAUGGGACUUUUAUUUUUCUGUAUUUUAUUUUGCUAUAUACUAAUUGUGACUGUAUCCAGAUGUGCACCAGUCCUGUUUGGGUUGUUGCAUCACACUGACCAGUAACAUGUCUGCACAGCUGCUGUACAGCAUCUUCUUACAAAGUGCAAUAAAAGAUGGCAAUAUAAACUA